AACUCGUUUGUUUACAUUGAUUCCAAGAAUGUUUUGAAUUUUUUCGGCGGUUUGCAAGUUUUUUUUUUUAAAUUAAAAAAAAAUUAAAUUAAACCCUUCAUGGAAGUUCAAACAAAAGCCGUCAACAUUCCUAUGUUCAAGCUGCAACAGUUUCCGCACGUUUGUCGCCUUUGCCUGGAAUCGGAAUCCGACCAUCGAGCGAUUAAUAUGGUCCCACUGGAUUCCGUGGACGACAUGCUGCAAGGCGGAACUACCAUCGAGGAAUACAUCGCGAAGGUUUCGUGUGAGGUUCCGGAGGGUAAGGCAGCCUUCUUCCCCCAGAAAGUUUGCCAACCGUGCCUGGAAAUGCUCCGGUUCUACGCCAGGUACCGGUCCAAAAUGUUGCACGUGUACCUUCUGACGGAUGCGCUGGUCGAGCUUAAGCAGGGCAACACUAGACCGGUCGUGGAUCUGUUCCGGAACCAAGGUGAAACGGUUCAGGCUCUGGUGAAGGAUUUGGCACUUAGUGAAAAAGAGGAUCCUUGCGUAACGGAUUUGAUCUAUGAAUUUAAGCAGUACGACGGUGUCACCAUGCAGGGUGAGAUAGAAGAGGAUGAUUCGAACGUUGAGAUGGUCCAAGAUCAAGAUGAUCAAACUAGGGUUGAAGUACUAGAACACCUCAUCAUUGAGCCUGUUUUCCGGAAGGGAAUAGGGAGACCACCAAGCGAGGCAGGACAAGCUGACCAUUCGAAGGAACCAGCUCACAAAUUCUCAUGCAAAGCUUACAAAUGUCCCGAAGGAUUCGACGAUAAGGAAUCCCACGAUAAGCACUUUAACGAAACGCACAAAACGUUUGUGUGCGAAAUUUGCGGCUUCAAGUUCAGCCAGAAGGCUCGCCUCGUGACCCACAAGCAACGUCACGCGUCCGAGCGAAACUUCCACUGCCAGUACUGCCGGAAAACGUUCAAAACGAAGCGCGACGUGGGCGUGCACACUCGCGAGAUUCACAUCCACCGGACGUUCAACUGUGAAAUCUGCGGGCUGGAAUUCAAGCGCAAGGGAGCGCUCAAAUAUCACGAGCUAACGCACACCAACUCGUUCGACCAUCCGUGCCAGAUGUGCGGCUCCAAGUUUAAAUCCGAUACAGCGCUCACUUGCCACGUGAAGAAGGUGCACACCGAGCGGCGGUACGGCUGCACAGAGUGUGAGAAAAAGUUUCACUCCAACCAUCUGCUGAUGGAUCACAUCGAGCGGAUGCACGGGCGCCAAAUGCGCUUCUUCUGCGACGUUUGCGUCGAGGUAUUCACCAGCGAGCAGCAGUUGAACGUCCAUCUGGCUCGUCACGCCGCGCCCGGCGAGCUCGAAUGCGGCACCUGCCUGCGCGUGUACGGUUCUCGUGAGGAGCUGGCCGCCCACCUGUGCAUCGAGUACCGCGAGAACUACGUGUGCUGCGCCAAGGACUGGCGCCACCACCGGUUCUACAACCGGCACGUCUUUAUCGAGCACGGCGUCAAGACGAACGCCCGCGUCCGGAUGCAGCCGGGCCAGCUGUUUGGCAAGAUCCGGAUGGCACGGAAAGGAACGGAGGUUUGUACGCAAUGCCAGCAGGUCAUCAAGAGCAGCAAGAGAGAGCAACAUCUGGAGACCUGCGUGGGAAUUAAAACUGCUACUUUGUAGUUGAUCUUGGUUUGUAUUUAUUUGUCUCAGUAGUUGAACAUGGGAAUCAACGGCGCGUCCUGAGCAGUAUUGGUAGAAGCUUCAGGCGCAACCGCCGGCGGACCGGUGCAGGUUUCCUGGUGUCUCUGCUUUUUCGCCCGAGUUGGAAACACAGUUUCGCACUUGUGGCACAUUUCGAUGCGUUUCUACAACAGAAAAAAAGCAAAUUUACUAA